CUUAAGCGUGAUAUUUCGUAAAGUAUAGACCAAAUGAUCUGAUAACAAACAAUAAAUUGUAAUGAAUGCUAUAACUUGUCAAGUGCAACUUAUAUCAGCCUAAUUAAUCUCAAAAUGGCCCAAGGUAAAUUAAAAGUGAAAUCUAAAGUGCCAUCACCAAUAAAAAACAAAAAUAAGGGCAAAAAUAAGAAGAGUUUGGCUAUUCAGCGACGUAGUAAUGCACCUAUUCAGCCUAAAAAGAGAAAGUUUGAAGAAGCACAUAAAUUAAAGCAAAUGAUUACAAGAACAGUUAACAAAGCAAUGGAAGAUGAACUAAGGAAGAAAGCUUUAGAUGGGAAGAAGUCUCUUAAAAAAGUGCAGUUAGCAACAAAAAAUAAUUCGUAAUGUUAUUCUGCCAUUGACACUAAAUUAAUGAAAGAAUAAUCCUCACUUUACUUAAGUGUUAAGUAUAAUACAGGUAAAUUUUUGUAUUCCAAACUGAGCAAUGUCGUAAAGCUUUUUG